AUGCGGAGGCAAUCCCGAUUAAGGAACAAAGUGCUGAAGAGGUAUCGCGAGCAUUUUUGCUCGAACUCAGGCGUCUCGAAGAAUGAAUAUUUUUAUCGACCUUCAGAACAGAGAGUUGACCCGAGGGCUGUUACUCCACGCCACUAUUCUCCAGCUCUGAAUUUUCCCAGGAGAUCUAUCAGAAGGAGAGGACUACCAAAGAGUUUUACACCAGACCUUUCACCACCAGAUAGAUUUACGCCUAGACCUUCGUGGCCGAUUGACUCAGGAAAUGACCCGGACCAAGAAGGGGAUGGUGAAGAAUAUGAGAAACCUACGGAAGAAUUUGAGAUAUUUGAGGAAGAUGUGGGAGACGGCAAAAGAAGCAGAGGAAGUAGUCGGCUCAACCUCAUCGAAGAGUGCUAA